GCUGGAUUCAAACCACAAGUCGCUACUGACUCCUGACGACAACACCAGCACGUUCUCGCUAUUCGAUUUACUAUCAGUAUGACAGGAGAGAGCUUCUCGGGACAGAUGAGCGGAUCGUCGAACGACAACCUGCCGCUGCGCCGCUACGACACCGAGGGCAUGCCGCAGGACAACCCGCCUCAGACCGGCAGCUUCUCGCCUGCAGACCACAGCCGACUCGACAGCUCGGCUCCCUCGGACAAGGCCCAGCCCGACACCGAGAAGGACACCGAGUCGGCCAGCGCCAACCGUCGGCGUAGAAAGCAGAGACCCGCCGGCAAGCCGCCCUACAGCUACGUGGCCCUCAUCACCAUGGCCAUCGUCAACUCCCCCGAGCGCAAAACCACCUUGGCGGGCAUCUACAAGUUCAUCAUGGACCACUUCCCCUACUACCGGGAGGCCGACAAGAAGUGGCAGAACUCCAUCCGCCACAACCUGACGCUGAACGACUGUUUCGUCAAGCUGGCCCGGCACCCCAACCGUCCCGGCAAGGGCAGUCUGUGGGCGCUGGAUCCCGGGGCAGAGGGCAUGUUCGACAACGGCUCCUACCUCAGGAGAAGGAGCAGAUACAAGAGAUCACACCAGACCAACAACAACCUCCUGCCGACCAGCUACCCGCCCCAGCCCGCCGUGCCGUCCUACCCGCCGCCGCCCUACCCCAACAUGGCCCCCGUCACCGGCACCACCCCGCUCUUCCUCUCCACGUCCUACCCGCAGACAACCUCGGCCCAGCCCUCGGGGCACCUCGCCACGUCGUACCGAGGGUCCCCGUCCAGCACCGGCGUGAUGUCGGCCAGUCCGGACAGCUCGUCAACAGACGGCAGCGUCAGUGGAGGGUCGUCCCCGGGCGGACAGACAUUAGGGUUGUCUCCGGUUGACACCAGCACCUUCCAGCAAGGUCUCCUCACCACUGCGCCCCCUAGCGGCUACAACAGCAGACCCACCCCCUACACCAGCACAGCGCCCGGCGUGACGUCCUACUCCGCCGCGUCCACCGCCAACCCCGCCGCUCUCUACCAGAGACCGACCCCACAGACACAGCCGAUCACCAACAGCUCCUCCUACGUGCCGCCUCACAGCGUGUACCGAGCGUCUCCCUACCCAGCCGCCGGGGCCGGGAACAGCUACCCGCAGACGGGGAUGUACAACGGCUACUCGGCGCCUCAGGGGAACAACAGCUACUACAACAUGAACUCUUUGUCUCACUUCCACGGCGCAAACAUGGAGAUGUUCGCCAACUGUUUGUAAAUGAUGAUCUGAGAUACUAGUAUGCAGGAGAAUGACUGAUUUGUGGCUGAGUAUAUUGUAAUGACUGUCUGUAAGUGAUUUGUUAGUCACAGCACUUUGAAUGUACUGAUGCCAAUGAGAAAAUUGUGAGAAUACACAAGCGCCCAAAAUCGUUUCGCCUAAUUGUGGAUUAACUGAUUUCAUGUACACUACUAUGUCCUGUUAUAACGGCAGAGGAACUGUAGCAUUUGAAGCAAAAUGAUGUACAUGUGUAUUUCUUUGAGUGAACAUAUGUUCCUGAGAAAAUACGAUCUCACUUUUUCUAGCGAUGCACGAAAAUUUGAACCUCACUGGUUUGUCUAACGAUAAUGUCACUGUAACGAUCACAUGAACUAAUUUAACUUAUCCAUUGGCAGACCGGAGUCACUGUCAAUUUUGUAAAUUGUUGUAAAUCCACAGAGUGAAAAAUAAAUGUUUAUUUUAUUGUGAA